CACUCCGCACUAGCAGAGCCCCGAAAAUGUGUCUCAAUGGCCAAAAUCCUCCCGCCAAUUCUUCGAAUCUUUCCUGUCUCCCUCUCUGAAUUCUCCACUUCUAUUCUCUCUCAAUUCCACUCUUCAAUCCAGUCGAACCCUUCUGAUUCUCUCUCUUCCGCUUUCUUCCUCGGACAAUCCCCAAUUUCUCUCCCUGACUUUCUCUGCUAUUAAUCGACCGCUCAUUUUCUUUGAAACUUCUUCUACUUCACGAACAGUUAAUCCUCAAUUCAUACCUGGACUCUCUUGCUGUUGCUGAGACACAUCUUUGAUUUACCUGGAGAUUUUGUUUCAAUUCCGCGCAUAAGUCUCAGCACUAAAGUUAGGGUUUCGUUCAACCGAAUCAUGCCGUCCCUGAUUACUCCUGGGAAAAUCCAUCGCUUGGAGAUGGAAAAUUUCAAGUCUUACAAGGGGCUUCAAGUUAUUGGUCCCUUCUACGACUUCACCGCGAUUAUUGGCCCCAAUGGUGCGGGCAAGUCCAACCUUAUGGACGCCAUUAGCUUUGUGCUCGGGGUAAGGACAGGCCAGCUGCGUGGUGCUCAACUCAAGGACUUAAUCUACGCGUACGACGACAAGGAAAAGGAGCAGAAGGGACGGAGGGCAUUCGUUCGUUUGGUUUAUCAGCUGGGCAAUGGGUCGGAGAUUCAGUUCACCAGGACUAUCACGAGCGCUGGCGUCAGCGAGUACCGGAUUGACGGGAGCACCGUAACGUGGGAUGUGUAUAAUGCUAAACUAAAGUCACUUGGCAUUCUUGUCAAAGCUCGCAAUUUCCUCGUAUUUCAGGGUGAUGUGGAAUCCAUUGCAUCGAAGAAUCCUAAAGAGCUUACUGCCCUUCUCGAGCAGAUAUCUGGCUCUGAUGAGCUCAAAAGAGACUAUGAACGAUUUGAAGAAGAAAAAGCCACAGCUGAAGAAAAAUCAGCCCUUGUUUACCAGAAGAAGAAGACUGUAGUUAUGGAGAGAAAGCAGAAGAAGGAGCAAAAGGAAGAAGCAGAGAAGCAUAUUCGGUUGCAGGAUCAGCUGAAAACUAUAAAGAAAGAGCAUUGCUUGUGGCAAUUAUUCAAUAUAGAAAGAGAUAUUGAAAAGACAACUGAUGAUCUUGAGGAUGAGAAAAGAAGUCGUGAAGGUGUCAUGGAAGAACUGGAAAAAUUUGAAGCUGAAGCCAGUAAGAAGAAGAAAGAACAGGCAAAAUAUCUCAAAGAAAUUGCACAAUGCGAAAAGAGAAUUGGUGAGAAAAGCAACAAACUUGACAGGAAUCAACCUGAUCUUCUGAAGUUGAAAGAGGAGAUGGCUCGUAUUAACUCAAAAAUAAAAAAAGGGAAGAAAGAGCUAGGCAGAAAAAGGGAAGAACGGAGAAAACAUGCUAAUGAUAUAACAGAGCUACAGAGGGGUAUCCGAGAUCUCACUGCCAAAUUGGAAGAUCUACAGGAAAAGAGUCGAGAUGUUGGUGAUGAACUAAAGCUAGAUGGCUGUGACUUGGAAGAAUAUUUUCGAAUCAAAGAGGAAGCUGGGAUGAAAACUGCAAAGCUUAGGGAGGAGAAAGAACUUCUGGAUAGGCAACAACAUGCAGAUAGUGAAGCUCAAAAAAAUUUGGAUGAAAAUCUUCAACAAUUAAGGAAUAGGGAGUCUGAAUUGAAUUCGCAAGAAGAACAGAUGCGAACUAGGCUGAAAAAAAUUCGUGAUAAUACUUCAAAAAAUAAGGAUGACCGUGCGAAAUUGGAGAAAGAAAGGUCUGUGAUGCAGGACAAACAUCGAGAUUCCAGGAAGAAACAUGAAAAUUUGAAGUUGAAAAUUGGUGAAAUAGAAAACCAACUUCGUGAACUGAGGGCUGAUCGAUAUGAAAAUGAGAGAGAUGCAAAACUGUCUCAAGCUGUGGAGAGCCUCAAACGCCUGUUUCAAGGAGUCCAUGGUCGCAUGACUGAUCUUUGUAGGCCAACGCAGAAGAAGUAUAACCUAGCUGUUACUGUUGCUAUGGGUAAAUUUAUGGAUGCGGUUGUAGUUGAGGAUGAAAAGACUGGAAAGGAAUGCAUUAAGUAUUUGAAAGAUCAGAGGCUUCCUCCGCAGACAUUUAUUCCUUUGCAAUCAGUUCGUGUGAAGCCAAUUAUUGAAAGAUUGCGCACAUUAGGUGGCACAGCAAAGCUGGUUUUUGAUGUUAUUCAGUUUGAUCCCGCCUUGGAGAAGGCAAUUCUCUUUGCUGUCGGCAAUACUCUUGUUUGUGACGAUCUUGAGGAGGCCAAAGUUUUGAGCUGGAGUGGUGAGAGGUUCAAAGUUGUGACUGUGGAUGGAAUACUGCUGACAAAAUCUGGCACAAUGACUGGUGGCACUAGUGGUGGAAUGGAGGCUAGGUCAAAACAGUGGGAUGACAAAAAGAUUGAAGGCCUUAAGAAGAAGAAAGAGCAGUAUGAAUCGGAGUUGGAAGAGGUAGGAUCAAUGAGAGAUAUGCACCUUAAGGAGUCUGAAGCAUCGGGAAAAAUUAGUGGACUUCUAAAGAAACUUCAUUAUGAUGAAAUUGAGGAGAAAAGCAUUGUAGACAAACUUUCAAAUUUGAAGCGAGAGAAAGAUACAAUCAAAGAAGAAAUUGAACGGAUAAGUCCAGAACUGCAGAAGUUAAAUGGCACUAUUGAUAAGAGGAAUGCGGACAUACGUAAGCUGGAGAAGAGGAUAAAUGAAAUUACUGAUAGGAUUUACAAAGAUUUCAGCAAGUCGGUUGGGGUUUCUAACAUUCGUGAGUAUGAAGAAAAUCAACUCAAAUCUGCUCAGAAUGUAGCAGAGGAGAGGCUAAGCUUGAGCAGCCAGCUAUCAAAGUUAAAAUAUCAGUUGGAGUAUGAACAAAAUCGGGAUAUGACUACACGAAUUAGAGAACUGGAAUCUUCUUUGAGUGCUCUUGAACAUGAUUUAGAACAGGUACAGCACAAAGAGGCUGAAACAAAGUUAGCAGCUGAGAAAGCUACCGAAGACAUUAACCAGCUGAAGGACGAAGUUCAGGAGUGGAAAUUGAAGUCAGAAGAUUGUGAGAAGGAUAUCCAAGACUGGAAGAAGCGUGCUUCUUCAGCCACAACAAGCAUAUCUAAACUUAAUCGUCAGAUGAACUCAAAGGAGGCCCAGAUUGAGCAGUUAAUUGUCCAGAAGCAAGAAAUUGUAGACAAGUGUGAACUAGAACAGCUUAGCCUGCCAAUUAUAGAAGAUCCAAUGGAUACUGGUACUUCAAUACCAGGCCCAGUUUUUGACUUUGACCAACUAAGUAGAGCUCUGAAGGACAGGAGGAAUUCCAACAGAGACAAAAUUGAGGCUGAGUUUAGGCAAAAAAUGGAUUCCCUGACAUCUGAAAUUGAACGAACAGCACCAAAUUUGAAGGCAUUAGAUCAAUAUGAGGCUCUGCUGGAAAAGGAAAGAGCUGUAACCGAAGAGUUUGAAGCCGUUAGGAAAGAGGAGAAAGAGAAGGCUGAUAGGUUCAAUGCAGUUAAGCAGAAGAGGUAUGAGCUGUUCAUGGAUGCUUUCAGCCACAUAUCCGGUAAUAUAGAUAAAAUAUACAAACAGCUUACAAAGAGCAACACACAUCCGCUGGGUGGAACAGCAUACUUAAACUUGGAAAAUGAAGAUGAUCCAUUUCUGCAUGGCAUCAAGUACACUGCUAUGCCCCCAACAAAGCGCUUUCGUGAUAUGGAGCAGCUAUCUGGCGGGGAGAAGACUGUUGCUGCACUUGCUUUGCUAUUCUCCAUCCACAGUUACAAGCCUUCACCUUUUUUCAUAUUGGACGAAGUUGAUGCUGCAUUGGACAACUUAAAUGUUGCGAAGGUUGCUGGAUUCAUUCGUUCCAAAUCUUGUGAGGGAGCAAGGGCUAGUCAAGAUGCUGAUGGUGGCAAUGGCUUUCAAAGCAUUGUGAUAUCCUUGAAAGAUAGCUUUUAUGACAAAGCUGAAGCAUUGGUUGGUGUUUACCGUGACUCAGAGAGAAGCUGUUCGAGAACUCUGACAUUUGACCUGACCAAAUACCGUGAGUCCUAAACUUCAUGGAUAGGCUGCAAUGGAUCAUCAACCUGUUGUAUACAUAGCUUAGCUGCAUUCUUCUCUUGUAUAUACUCGCACUCUGAUCAAUGUCGCAGCCUCACUCCUGACACUGAUUUAAGUUGCCUUGUCAGUUUCACUUAUUUUGUAAAUACG